UCUCUCUCUCUCUAGCUUUUUCUUUUCUCUCUCCUAUUCUGCAAACCUUGUUUUGUUUCGGAUUUUCCGGUAUUAAAAUGUGUCCAACUCCUCACUCUCUAUCUUUUUCAACAUAAGUGCAUUAUUCGAUUUCCUAUUGCACUCUCUCAUCUCACAUCUCAUUCUAGCUAACAUCCCCUUUUCUUCUUCUCACUUCUCUCCAAGUUUUUUUUUCUUCACAUUUCUCUGUCUGUCUUUGAUCUGCACACACAACAUCCCUCUAAAACAUUGAGGGAUAAAAUAAAAAACAUGAAGAAAUUUGUACUCAGGUUAGAUUUGCCAGAUGACAAGGCAAAGCAGAAGGCCCUGAAAACAGUUUCAACACUUUCAGGGAUUGAUGCCAUCUCUAUGGAUAUGAAGGAGAAGAAACUAACAGUGAUAGGAACAGUUGAUCCAGUGAAUGUGGUGAGCAAACUCCGCAAGUACUGGCAGACAGACAUAGUCUCAGUAGGUCCAGCAAAGGAGCCUGAGAAGAAAGAGGAGCCAAAGAAGGAAGAGCCAAAGAAGGAGGAAGAGAAGAAAGAGGAGCCAAAGAAGGAGGGUGAAGCCAAAAAGGAAGAGGAGAAAAAGGAAGAGCCUAAGAAAGAAGAAGAGAAGAAAGAAGAGACAAAGAAAGAAGAAGAGAAGAAAGAAGAGGAGAAGAAGAAAGAGGCACCUCCCCCACCCCCAGACCCAGUUUUAGAGCUGGUCAAGGCUUAUAGGGCUUAUAACCCCCACAUGACCACAUACUAUUAUGUUCAAAGCAUGGAAGAGAAUCCCAAUGCUUGUGUCAUUUGUUAAAAUACCAAGCUGUGGAAGAAAGACAUAUAAAUAUAUAUAUCAAACUUUCUCUACUUGCAAAUGGAAUCAAUUAAUCAAGCCAAUUCUCUUUCAUGAAUCAUAGGAGUUCAUAAUAUCAAGAGAAGAUAGAAAGAAAUUAAACAAACUCCUUUGUAUAUAUUUUGGUGGUGGUGGUGUCUCCUUUAGUUUUGUUUUGGGACAUUAGCAAUGUGUAGAGAGAAGGAAUAAAAUUUUGGGGGAUUUGUUUUGACAAUGAUCACAAAUGUAAUCAUAUACUAUUAUGUUAAUUUCCCUUUUUAAGCUCCUGCCUGCAUGUAUAUAAACUAGUGGAAUCAGCAAUUA